AUGGCAAUACCGGGCAUUUGGUGGGUGGACCUUCAGAUUGAUGGCGUCAAGCGCGGGUAUCUUUCUCAACAGCCUGUUUCGCGCAUGCCACACCCUGGUUCUGUCAUUGCCGCUAGCUUUACCUCGCCCAUUGAUGCGCUCUAUCUCGCUGCAGUGUUCAACCCGAUAUUUACGGUUUCACAUCUUGGCACACGCAAAGUAAAGCGCGUUUCCCUUUUCCAAGCUAUAGCACACGCUCUUAGCCCCGUUCAGAGCACCUCUGCGGCCGCGGAAAUGGAGCCUAGAAAAAGCAUGACAGAUGUGCGGGCGCUUCUCGACGCAUACCCUGGUCGGAUUAUAGUUGUGUUCCCAGAGUGCAGCACCACAAAUGGCAAGGGAGUGCUGCCAUUCAGCCCUUCUUUACUCACGACACCUCCCACCGUCAGGAUUUUCCCCGUGAGCCUACGCUACACGCCACCAGAUAUCACGACGCCUAUUCCGGGAGCCUGGGUGGCAUUCCUCUGGAAGCUUCUCAGCCGGCCAACUCAUUGUAUCCGCGUCCGUAUCGCAGAAGGCAUAUUAAAUGAGACGGGCACAUUGGCGGGAGAGGCAAGCUCGUGCGGAGGUAGCUCUGGUAAAAAUUAUUCCGACUUAACACCGGAUGAGAAACACGUUCUCGAUCGUGUGGCUGAGUCGUUGGCUCGGCUGGGCCGUAAUAAGAGAGUAGGCCUGACUCUUGGAGAUAAAGAGGCGUUUGUGCAGGCCUGGAGACGGCCAAGGAGAGACUAG